UGUGUAAAAUCAAUCAUAAAAGAGCAUUACAUAUCCCUAUGAUUAAUGUUCGAUCGCUUCAAACCUUUCAUCUAGUAGAAUCGUCAAUCCGGUAUAUAAGCGUUGGCAAUUUUUCUCGUGAUUAUAUUUCACUCGCUAUAUCCAUUAUUUUUCAUCUGUGAGAGAAUUUUUUAUUAAUCUGAAAAAUCGUGAGGCAAUGCCAGCGAUAUAGUAGUCUCCAACCAGUGCUGAAGAUGGAUUCACCGAGUGAUAUCUUUCAGUCUCGAUUAUAUCGACUCAAUCGUGUGCUGCUUUCAUUACUGGGACAGUGGCCUUUUCAACAGGAUAGACAUAGACGAGUUAUCUUCGUUACGAUAUCGGUUCUUGGUAUAACGCAAGCCAUCACACAGGUAUUCGCUUUAGUAACAUUACGUCACGACUUAAUCGCAACGCUUGAAUGUAUACCACCCCUCAUGGUGGAUAUUGCUUGCAUCGUUAAGAUGAUAAAUUUAAUAUGCAAUAUAAGAAAGAUCAAAAUACUUCUUAUAAGCAUACAAAGGGACUGGCAAUCGUGGACUAUCCAAAGCGAAUUCGAAAUUCUGUAUAAAUUUGCGGAAACUGGAAGAAGCAUAACAAUCGGCUAUGCUAGUGGCAUGUAUGCAUUCGGCAGCCUAUUUCCACUAAUGGCGAUAAUUCCGAAGAUUAUUGACAAAAACGUGGUUUCCAACUAUUCGACGCGACCAGUAGGAUUUCCAUACCAUGUCGAAUAUUUCGUAAAUCUCGAUAAGUAUUAUUAUCCUGUACUAAUUCAUAAUUAUUUAGCCACCGCCAUUCGGCUGACUAUCAUAGUCGCAUCCGAUAGCUACGUGGCUAUUCUGGUACAACAUUGCUGCGCACUGUUUUCAAUCGUCAGAUAUCGAUUGGAACAUAUACGAGAAUCUAUCGAACAGGAUAAAGAACUCGCUAUGCUCGAGGAAGAUGAUAAGAUUUACAAUAAUUUUGCUUACUGCAUUCGAAAACACGAAAAUGCCUUGCAGUUCGCCAACCUUUUGGAAACUGCUUAUUCAAAGGUGUUUUUCAUAGAAGUCGGUUUAAUUAUAGGGGCUAUGAGUUUGUCAGCUUUACAGGCAACCAUUGAUAGCUUCACUCCAGAACUCGCUCUUCGACAUGGUGGUUACAUAACUGCUCAAUUACUGCAUUUAUACAUCGCAUGCUGGUUAGGGCAACAAGUGAUUGAUCAUAGCAGUCGUGUAUACACAUCGAUCUAUCGAGGCGAAUGGUACGAAUCAUCACCGAAAUCCAGAAAACUUCUGAACGUGAUGAUGCUAAGAAGCACUUUACCUUGCACGUUAACUGUUGGUAAAAUCAUGGUUCUUUCUCUUCCGAGCUUCAGUGCGAUUGUACGUGCGUCCGCUUCGUAUUUCACCGUUUUUAGAUCUGUACAGUAAUUGAAAAUUUUUUUG